CAGAUAUGUUAAGUGGGAACUGGAAGUUAUAUUGGGCCGAUUCAAGUUAUGAGUUAAUGUUUUUAGCUCAGGCCCAAAUAAAACGCAAGUCUCUGAGUAUGUGAUCCGACUAUCCCUAUCCAAGAUAUGAAGAUAAGCUAAAUCGGUUUCCAAACAGAUCUUAUUACAAUUACGAUCCCUAAUUUGACAGUUCCGUUCAUCUUUGUUCUCCGAUUUCAAAAACCGAUCAAAUCGGGGAUUUUCACGGCAUGGCUACGGCCAUUGGAUGCGGCAGCGAGGUGGAGGUCGGAUUUGCGAAGCUGCAAGGUGAGGAUUUUGAGUACUUUAUGCAGUCAUACUCCAUUAUGCUCGGCCGGAAUUCUAAGAAAUCAACCGUCGACGUUGAUCUCUCAUCCCUCGGCGGCGGGAUGAACAUUUCGCGCAACCACGCUCGGAUCUUCUAUGACUUCACUAGACGACGCUUCUCUCUCGAGGUUCUUGGUAAAAAUGGCUGCUUCGUUGAAGGUGUCCUCCAUCUCCCUGGGAAUCCUAACGUCAAGCUCGACUCACAGGACCUUUUGCAGAUUGGUGACAAAGAGUUCUACUUUCUCCUUCCGGUUCGGAGCAUCUUAGGCGGCCCGUUGGGACCUAGGCACCACGUCUCAGGGCAAACUAGUGUUGUUCCGUACCGUAAUUAUCAUUCGGGUCCGGGUUCCGGGUCGGGUAAAAAGGGCGGACGAAGUAGGGAGAACUAUGAGUAUGAAGAUGAUGAAGAUGAUGAUGACGACGACAAUGAGGAGGAGGAUCUUAGGGGCAGCGGAAAGAAAACAAGGAGAGAUGGAUAUGAAGUAUAUGCUUCGGGAGAGAAGAAGAGAGAGGGAAGAGCAAAGGUAGACCGUGAAGCUGAUGAUCAGCAAGUUCUGCAGCUGGAAGAAAAAGAUGUCGUAUCAUCUGUUGCCACUGUGCUUUCUGAUUUGUGUGGUCCGGGAGAGUGGAUGCCUAUGGAAAAACUUCAUUCUAUGAUAUUAAAGGAGUAUGGAAACGUAUGGCAUCACAGUCGAGUAAGAAGAUACCUGACACAAGAAGACUGGGCAAUCCCUGAAGCAAAGGGUAAACCAUGGUACGGUUUGUUGAUGCUGCUAAGAAAAUACCCAGAGCAUUUCGUCAUCAACACUAGAUCGAAGGGAAGAGUAACGCUUGAAUUUGUAUCUCUCGUUUCCCUACUCUCAUAAUCACCAAGAUGAUUAUGCUGCUUUUGUAAGUGCAAGAUCAUUGUUACUUGUUAGUAAUAUCUUAUAUGUGUCCACGAAAUGAGUCAUGAGUGUAUAAGUAAGGUUAGUGUUUAGUAUUUGGUGACUCGGAUUAAGCUUGUUGUUUACAGCCAUACUAUAUGGCUUUUCAAUACCUUUUGAGCCAUGCUAUAUGGCUUUUCAAUACCUUUUGAUUGUUUUCUUUUGGAGGAAAACAAACAGAUUUUUUAACUUGCAGAUAUUUCUGUUUUGUUUUUU